AUGGCGUGGUCGAGAAAUCGGACGAAGCAGCGAGGCCCGAUGUCUGUGGCCUCGGUUUCAUCUGUUCCGCCGCGUCGUCUGCUGCUGUCCUCAGCUUCAUCGGCAUUCACAUACAGCGCGUGGUACUUAAUAGCAGCAGUGCUGCUAUUCGCUCCAAUGGGGUCGGCUCACGAACACCAUCAAGAGAAGAUUCAGGAGGGAGAAGCGAUAUCAAUGGAUCCUAUCGAUACAACAUUAUGGGUUCAUAUCUUCGUGCAGAUGCUCGCUUUCGGCGUGCUAUUCCCCCUGGGAAUGGUUUUAGGGUUGGUUAAAAGCAAAUGGCACGUACCUGUCCAAACCAUCGCUUCUGCCAUUGCCAUCCUUGGCGCCAUCCUCGGCCAUUCGCACGGCGGCCGCGAGUUUGCCUAUAGUGCCCACGCCCAAUUCGGCGAUGUAGUUUACGGUCUCCUUUUCGCACAAAUCAUCCUCGGCGUCUACCUCAAACUACACAUCGAACGGGGCUUCCUUGGCCGAAUCCGCAAAUGGCUCGUGUUGGCGCACAGCAUAAACGGAAAGGUGUUCCCCGUCGUGUCGUGGGUGCAACUUUUAUUUGGCGGCAUUGCGGCUCUGGGAUUCUGCCACGACGAUCACCUCGGACAAUGCGUGGCACAUUUCAUCAUGGGAAGCGCUUUCAUAGCUUACGGAACCCUGCUCACCAUCAUGCUGCUGGCCGGCCAGCUUUGGCUGAGACGCACGGGCAGGUCGCAAGAGUUCUUCGACAGCGCCAUAAUCGCCGCCUGGGGAUGCGUCAACACCUUCACCGAACAUCGCUGGGGAGAGGAGUGGAGGGGCAACGAUUGGCAGCACACUGCCAUGGGUAUCGUUUGGUGGUGUGCCGGUUUGGCUGGUGUCUGGCUCAGCCGCGGCCGUGACGGAUCGCCCAAGCGGAACUUCAUCCCUGGCUUCGUGCUCAUCCUCACGGGAUGGUCCAUGUCAGCACACACUCAACAUUCCAUGGCCAGUUCGGCACUGCAUACCAUGUUUGGCUAUACGCUUAUGGCUGCCGGCGUGACGAGGAUCAUCGAAGUAUCCUUUGUAUUGCAAGACAAGACUGGUGUGUCAACUGCAGGGGACGAAGUCAACAGCUUUCAAUAUGUGCCCGUAUUCCUACUGUUCGCCUCGGGUUAUCUCUUCAUGGGUGCCACAGAAGAGCAAAUGGCACUUCUCGAAAGCUCACCUAUGGACCACGUUGCCUACAUCUUGAUCCUCUACAGUCUCGCCUUCCUCACCUUCCUCUUUGUUUGCAUGCUCCUUCACGUCUACGACAGGGCAUCCUACAACUCGGACGCGUACAAGAAUCUGACGGCAGCCAACACGGGAGACGACGCCGUUGCGGAGUCUGAGCGACGCCGGCUCCGGGAUGUUGAGGAGUUUGAGCUCGACGGUCUGAUGACGGAUGAUGAAGAUGAUGAGGAAGCAGCCAAGAGGAAACUGCUUUCAAAGGAGAAGGAUGUGGAGGGUAGCAGCAGCACGGGGCCUGGGAGCCCGAGCACCGUCGGGAGAAAUAGCGAUCGGGUUGCUUGA